AACGACUCGUUCGGGAAUCGGACGUCGCUAGAGGAGAAUAGACGAGAGAGGUAAAGCAGAAAAAAAGGAGAACGGGAGAGGGUGCUGACAUCUGAGGUAGGAACUUCAUCUGAAUGUGACAAGCACCUCUACCUGCAGAGAUACAGAAUAGAUUUCUUGAGUGCUUCCAUGGUGAUAUACACAGCUGGUGCUGAUUGGCCAAAACCUUGAUGUGAUGCGCUGAUUUUACACCAUGGCCCAAGGGCUCUGUAGAGAUACCCACAAUCCUCAGCUCCCUGAUUAACAUUGGCAGCAACUCCGGCUCAACGAGAAAACCUGUACAAGCCAUGAUGUCAGUCUGCGUGCCCUCACCACAUAACCCCUCCCCCUCUGUGGAUGUAGCCAAUCACAACGGGCCCUCUGCAACUCCGCCCACUUCCCUCAGCCUGCGUUCCUCACACAAUCAACUGCUUAGUGGUGAUGUCAUCAAACAGGGCCAAUCCACGCCCCCAAAGUGCCGAAAGAAGUACGCACUCACAAGCAUUCAGAGUGCGAUGGGACUGGGUGAAGGCAUGACACCACCUUCGCCAUCUUCAGCGACCACAGCCAACCCUAAACUGGCCAAAAAUGGUGCAAAUCAGUUACGUAAAGCUGCAGAGCGACAGGAUCACAACAAGAACACCACCGAAGAAGACGAAGAUGGAAACACAGCUGAAUCAGAAUCAACAGAGAACAUCGAUGAUGAGUUGAGGAAUGUUGAGGAAUUAAGCCUCGACAGCGAGUCUAACGUCGACGACAUUCACAGUGACUUUGACCUGAACAACGAGCUCGUUGAUGAGGAAGUGAAUGAGUUAAUUGAUGAGGACACUAAUGAGGAGGAUCUUGUGGAGAAUUGUGGAGACGACCUGCUCAUUUUGUCUGAGAAAACGGAGAUUGUUUCAGACAGGAAGUCACCCGAGCACCUUAAGACCAAGAGUUACCUGGAGUCGUGCCUGGAUGACCUGUCGUAUGAACUGUCUGAUGCGCAGGAUGAGGAUGUCACUAAACCUUUGCUGGAGAAAGAGAAGAAUCCCUGUCCCUCGUCUCCAAGUAAACUGCACAGCCCUGAGGACACGCCCCUCCUGUCUGUCGGCUCUUCAUCCUCCUCUUCCUCACCAGAGACGAAAAAAGACCGACCACGGACGGGAGCCAAGACAGACCGGGCACUAAACCGUAUCCAGAACCUUCCACACAGUGACGAGGAGUCCAGCUGGACCACGUUGUCACAGGACAGUGCAUCACUGGGCUCACCAGAAGAGAGCGAUAUCUGGGGGGAGCAGUCAUUUCAGACAGACCCUGAUUUGCCUCCAGGAUGGAAGAUGAUGACAGACAUGGCUGGUAUUUAUUACUGGCACAUUCCAACGGGCACCACACAGUGGGGGAGACCCGCCCCAUGCCAUCCGGUGCCAACUGGACCCAGCCAUGCCAGCCGCAAACAUUCCCUGGGUUCCCUGUCUCCCUCGCCCACUCCAGAUCACGAGUCGAUGUCCCAUGCCGACAUAUUUUUCGGAGCUUCGAGUCGUUCAGGCAGCACCACUUCCGACAGCUCGUGUGACCCCGCCCCCGUCCCGUCUUCUUCAUGUCUGGACCCUACCCCUAUCCUGUCCUCAAACACUUCCUCAUCCUCUGACGCCAAUGUUCCUUCCUGUGGAUUUGUCAACAGCUGCUACUUUCCUCGGUCCUCAUCCCUACAGAUAAUGCCAAAGGAUAGACACUCUGAGGCACGCCAUCGGGAAGAGGACAAGAAACAGCCAUGGAGUGAUUUUGCUGUGGGAAAGAUUGAUAGUGAGAUCUGGAAGGAUCUGCAGGCAGCCACAGUAAACCCUGACCCUAGUCUGAAAGAGUUUGAAGGCGCAACUCUCCGCUACGCCUCCCUCAAGCUACGAAACCCUGCUCCCGUGGAAGAGGAAGAUUCCAGCAGCAUUAACAGUGACCCUGAAGCCAAGUGUUUGUGCUUAAUCAGUGGGUUUGUGCUAUUUUAUUACCGUGUUUUUGCUGUGCGCUCUCUUGGCUGGGUAGAGAUGGCUGAAGAGGACUUGGCUCCGGGUAAAAGCAGCGUUGCUGUUAACAACUGCAUUCGUCAACUGUCUUACUGCAAGAAUGACAUACGAGACACUGUGGGCAUCUGGGGAGAGGGGAAGGAUAUGUACCUCAUUCUGGAGAAUAACAUGCUGAAUCUGGUUGACCCGAUGGAUCGUAGCGUUCUACACUCUCAGCCAAUCGCAAGCAUCCGCGUGUGGGGCGUCGGCCGCGAUAAUGGAAGAGAGAGGGAUUUUGCAUAUGUAGCGCGAGAUAAGGAUACCCGGAUAUUAAAAUGUCAUGUGUUCCGCUGUGACACCCCUGCCAAAGCCAUCGCGACGAGUCUGCACGAAAUCUGCUCCAGGAUCAUGGCAGAGCGCAAGAAUGCCAAAGCUAUGGCUGGAGGAUCCCUACAGGACAGAACACAUGCUGGGCUCGACGUCCCGCUACAAGCAGAGUUCCCCACACCAAAGACUGAACUGGUGCAGAAAUUCCAGGUGUUAUAUGUUGGCAUGAUACCGGUUGCCAGACCUAUAGGCAUGGACAUUCUCAAUGGUGCAAUAGACACUUUGAUAACAUCAUCAAUUCGAGAUGACUGGGUCCCUGUGAUGUUGAAUGUAGCCGAUGCGACAGUCACAGUCAUCAAAGAAAAGGAAGAAGAGGAGGUCCUAGUGGAGUGCCGUGUGCGUUUCCUGUCAUUUAUGGGAGUUGGGAAAGAUGUGCAUUCAUUUGCAUUCAUCAUGGACUCUGGGAACCAGCACUUUGAGUGUCAUGUGUUUUGGUGUGAUCCCAAUGCUGGCAGUGUGUCAGAGGCUGUUCAGGCAGCAUGCAUGCUGAGGUAUCAGAAGUGUCUGGUGGCACGCCCUCCGUCUCAGAAAGCCUGCUCACAAGCACCCCCUGCUGAUUCAGUCACUCGCCGCGUCUCCACCAGCGUCAAACGUGGAGUUCUUUCCCUUAUCGACACGCUCAAACAGAAGAGACCAGUCACUGAGCUCCCCCAGUGAUCUGACACACAAGCACGCAUUCUCACCAUCACACUCUGCAUGCUUAUAGCUAUCAGAACGUCCUGUACAUAUCUGUUCAGUCACGUGAUGGAGACGAAGCAAAACUCGAGGACGAAAACUGUUGGAAAUUCUGAAACAAGUAAUUAUCAAAUGAGCUGAUGCCAAGAAAAUACACCCUUUACUCACACACCUAAUCCAAUAUCUACAAGCCCUUCUCUUCCAUCUCCCAUAUGUCAGUCAUGCGUAUAUCUGCAUGGGAAGCCACACGUCUCCAGCAUGACUGUAACCAACAGGCUUCGCCCAUCUAUAAGUACCACCUUAUCUGGACAAAGCCUGAUCAUUUGAAGAAAGUUUGUGUAAUUCAAAAAGAACAAAUACGGCUGCUUCACUCACCCAUGCUUCUUCAUAUUGUCACAAUUCAUCGCUGUCGCAUGACUGUAUGUGUGUGCGGGUGUGUAGAGGAGCUCGAUGCUGCUUCAUUUGCGAACAGAUGUUCACAAGUGUCAUAAAAGCUAUUCUUUAUUAUCCUGAUGAACAAGAAUGGAUGGAUGAGAGGAACUGUGCACUGUGUUGCAUUCAAAGUUGGAUGACGGAUGUUAUUACUUGAGAUCUUCUGACCAAGGUGCUCCAAUGUUCAGUGCUCAAAAGAUUAUGUGCAAAGGUGCGGUAACAUUAGCGAUAUUUUGGCGAAGAUUUGGACCAUUGUUAAUUGUCAGUAAUGCAGCGAUGUAUGAAGCACAACUCGCUUACAAGUUGCUUUCAAACCAAGUAUAUUUCUAUUGGUCAACGCAGGAAAAAACUUGAACCCGAAUAGAGAUAUCUGCAUGGGGAAAUCGCUCGCCCUCAAGUGAAAUUACCAUUCACUUGGAUUCCUAUUGACACCUAUUGUAAAUGUGACCGCACCUUCUGGCAACAAAAUAACAACAAUACAUUACAUUAGCAUUGCAUUUGUUCAGUGUCAACAAUGAAGUCUUCUAGUAACCAAAUUGUAGGGAAAAAAAUGGCACCUCACAAUGUGCAAUUUGGAAGUUCGUAUUCAAGUGAAGUUCCUUUGCACUUUUCCAAGUAGGAAGAUGGAAAUCGCAACUCUUUCGGCUGAGUGAAACAUCAACGUUGAAAUACAUCAAAGAUUUCACCAAAUGAUUUUGCUUUCUUCAAGAAGCUCUGCUGACACGUUCAUCUUCACCAGAAGUUGAUGAGGAGGCUUGGAAAAGAUGCCAAUAUUAAACAAACAACUGAUGAAUCAGACUUCCCAUAGACUUGCUGUGCAUUAACACAGGUGGAAGGACAUUACCUGUUUAGUUUAGUGUGUAGAUGUAAAGUAUGAAUGUGCUUUUUAUAUUUCCAAAGUGAAAUUGCCUUUUUCCUUUGAAAGAGAGAAUGUUGUGGAAGAGAACUGAAUUACUCAUGAAGCAACAUACAGGAGGCGGCAAGAACUUUGCCUAGAGUCAAACAGUUCAAUCGUGUCAAUUCUGCUUUGAACCCCAGAGUAGUGCUUACUUCCUCGAGAGGCUCUCCAGUGACUGAAAGUCAAAAAAAUACCUGACUAAUAGAAGCUAUCUGCAGCAGAUCUAAGUUAGUGAAAAAAACUCCAGAGCUAUUUCAGUUCCAGCAUUCAUUCCUGAUGUUUGGAUGGCAUUAGUGGCUCUACAUGUCCUGGCUGCGCUUCACAAACUUUUUUUUUUUUUCCUGCACGUACCUACAUGGUCUUGCUGUACUCCUAGACUUACCCUUUCUUUCAAAAGGGUUUAGACGAGUCACUUGUGUGUGUACAUAUAGUAUCUAUAUAUAGCAAACAUCAUAUCAUAAGGCUUUAUUUUUUGAAUUUCAGAUACUUUUAUUUUGUCAUGUUUUGGUCAUACUUGCCUUUGCAUGUCUUGUGAUCCCGUUUAUUCUGGCAUUCUGUAAAAAAAAAUCAUGUAUGUGUUGUAGAUAAACCAACUGACAAAACAAAGGAAAGAAGAAGAGUGAAAGAUGGUAGAGAUUGUGAAUAUGAAUUUAUUUUAUGGUCCUUUUUAGGAGAGCUAGCUGUAGAGGAGGAGAUGUGAACUGUAAGUGUCUAUCUAUGCAUUCUUUUAGCUCUGAGGACGAUUUGAGAGGAACAAAAAUGUCCUGGGACAAUUUAAGAAGAAAAACUGUACUGAACAGAAAUGAUAUUUUUUAUUUUAUUUAUUCUAUUUUAUAUCGGUAUAUACUGGUUGCAUUGUGAUGUAUCAUAAGCUUAGACACUCUUUACCCUUAUACAACAAAUCAAACAAAUGUCAAUUCAAAUCACUUUACAGUUACUCUGGAGAGCUGUUUAACUCAGACGCUGACUGUCAUGAUAACAUAACAUUUAAAAGGCUUUGUAUGAUCUGUACAUGCUGCCCAAACCAACAUUAGACGCAGGUAUAGCUUCAGUCUGCUUUAGAAUACACCAUAUGGACAAAAGUAUGUUAAACCUAACAAUUGGCUGUUCAGAUAUUUUGGUUGCAACCGGUGCAUAAAAUCAAUCUCAAACAAUCUCAUUUUGGAUCUUUCACUCAAAAUAUGUUUGAGAACUUGAGAUGCAGUGCAGGAAAUCAGUGCACAAUGCAGGGACUCAAAACACAUUUUUAAAAGUUUUAACAAGAUUUGUUUUAAAAACAUGGCACCCAACAUAGGAUUUCACAAGACUUAUUUUUUUUAAAAGGUUUAACUUCAUGUUUUAAAAAUGUGACACCAAGCGUACGGUCUUGACACAUUUUUAAAAGUUCUAACUCAAUGCAGUUUAAAAAUGUGGCGCCCAAUGUAGGGUCUCGAGACCCUUUUAGAUUUAUUUUAAAAGCAACAAAAAUCAAAGACAUCCAUCUAUAACGCAUAACACAUUUACAAUAGUAAACCAUUAAAAAGCCAUGCAUUGAAACAAUUUUUUUUAGCAAAUUAGGAUGCAGUUGAAGCUGGUGUAUCAGCAAAAAGGAGGACUAGUGUCCUUUUAAUGAUUUUAAUGAUUUGUAUUAUAUUACACAUCCAUUUGGUCAUUUAGUGUAUGUUCCAAAAUGUCAGUUUAAACAAGAUUAUCACAAUCAGAUUUUUCACCAAGACCAAAAUUAGAGUGCAUUUGUUUGGGCAGUAUGUAGAUGUUUAGCUAGCUCUACUAUAACCAUUACUCUUGUAUCUUGACGGCACGAGGCCUCUGCUUUCACCCUGCAGAUAAUCAGAGUGUUAAAAUGACCUGACACAAAAUCAAACUGCCUGUGUACUGCACCCCUUCGCUUUCCUCCUCUUAUUAUCUCUUUUGCAGUUUUGAAGUGCAUAUUGGUUCUUGUUCAGUUUUUUUUUUUUCAUGUGAAUGUGAUGUUGGGUCUUAUACAACUUACUGUUUUCUUUUGGAUUUUUUUAUUCCCUCCUUUUUUCUUUUUUUGUUGGGGGGGGGGGUUAACAGUGAAUAAGAAUCAAUCACAUUUUAUGUUUCAAAAUGAAUUCAGUGGCAACAGGCAAAGUCAGCUGUUACAUGCAAAACCAGAAAGAGGGAGGAGGCUUAUGGGUAGUGUAGUCCAGUACAAUAAUUCAGUGUAGAAUCAUCAUUCUCUUGUUAGCCAAGAGUAGUGUGUUUGACUCUCGUGUUCUUGUAUGGUGAAUCACUCUGAUUGGCGAUCAUCGGGGGAAAUCUCAUCACAAGGAUUAACAAGCUAAGAAUUAACACUACUGCUGAAAUACUCUCAAACACACGUUUUUGUGCAAAUGUUGGCUUUCUCUGCUCUACACUAAUUUGUACACCAUAUAAAUGUAAACUGUUGUGAAAAUAAAUGGCAUAUCACAAAAUACA